AUGUCAAUAACUGUUUCGACCUGCCAAUAGAUUUGUUAAUCCCCUUUGAACCUUAGUCCUUCAAAGAAUUUGUGGACUUUCUCCAAAUCAGAGAGAUUUGGCAAAUUAGCCAAUCCCACAUUUUGCUAAUAAGCAUUUUACAAUCUUCCCGCAAUGAUAGAAAAAAGAUCAGCAGGAAUUGGCAAAGGCAGCAAGAUUGAUUUCACCAAAGUGGUUGUUCCAAGUCCCUCUCCUUAGCAAUAUGAUUUGGGCAGUGAUGUUUAAAAUAAUCUGAAAAAGAACAAGGGAUAUAAAUUUGGUGUGAGUAGAGAUAAAAUGGCCAGCACAGGCAUUCUUGGUACCCUAAAUCUCAAGACUCCAGCACCUGGAACUUACGACUUGGGAAACACAUUGAGUGAUAUUAGAUACACUAUGAGACCUAAACCAUAAAAAAGCUCAUUAAUCUCUAAUGCCAAAGUCCCAGGACCAGGAUAAUAUGAAUCAUUACCAGCUAUCAAUGAAAAGGGGAGAUAUCCAAUCUCAAAAUAUAACAAUUCGUGUGCUACUUUAUUCAAUCCAAAAUCAUCAAAAAGAUUUACCACUGAUUAUUCUACUAAAGUACCAGGUCCAGGAUAAUAUGGACUUGACAAGACAGGAAUCCAAUAAGAUGGCAGAUAUUUUGUAUCCAAAUUCCACGACUCGAAUGUGAGAAGCUUUCCUAAAGAAGCCAGGAGAACAGGAUCUAAUGAAAAAAAUUAAACACCUGCUCCUGGCAAUUAUAGAUUGCCAUCUGAAUUUGGCUAUUACGAGGCUAGCAAAAGCGUUGGACACACUGAACCCAAAUGA